AUGGAAAAUAUGGUAAAACUUGUUGGCCUCGUGGACCCUGGACAAGUCAACUCUCAAUCUGGAACGUUAUCUCACGGCUCAAAACAUCUCUCAGAAAGCCUGAAAAAGGCAGAUGGGGAUCAAUUUUACUUGGUGCCUUAUAAUCCAGGGGGUCAUUGGGUGUUAAUAAUUGUAAGACCAGCUAAGGAGACUGUCUAUUACAUGAAUUCAUUGCCAAACCGUUUUGUUGACGAGGACAUGAGAAAUAUAGUGAAUACGUAA